AUGAAAACAUGUUUGAUAAAGCCUAACAAGGAGAUGCAAUUGUUUUUAAUGAACAAAAUUAUGAGCCAUAAUAAUAAUAAUCGGGAUGAUUUUAAUAAUUUAUUCGACAAGAGAAAGCAUCAUUCUCCGGAUAGCAGCAGAAUUAAUAGGAGCAACAAAGUGGUCAUUCCUUCAAUGAUAAUGGAAAAUCAUAGUAAUGGAAAACAACGAAAAGUGAAUCAUCACUGUUCUGGUGAUAAAAUGCACCAAAACAAAGCAUCAGGUUCAUCUCAUCGAGACUUUCGAUCCAUUUUGAAAGAUGCACUACAAAUAUUUCAAAGUUAUAUGAACAAAAUUGAAGUUACUUCUCGUUUACCAUUUGAAUGUGAAAAAAGAAGAAAUGGUUUACCUGAAGUCGUAUCUAUUGAUAAUCCUGAUAUAACAAUAGUAUCUGAAAAGAACAUUGGAUUAUUGAUAUUCACAGGACACACGAGAAAUACCACAGACACAUACACUGAUCCUGAAAUUUUAUUAAGAUUUCAAUUCGAAAAUCAUUUAUUGAAAAAAGCACUUUUAAGAGGCCAACCUGUUUUGUCUAUUUGUUCAGCGUGUUGGAGAUUGUGGAAACAUUUGGGUGGUGUGGUUGAUGGUAUUUCAAAUAUCACUGAUCAACAACAUACCAACGGCAUGGUAACUAUUUCAAAUGGACAAAUAGUGAAAAAUCAAAAUUUUGAACAUGAGCUACUGCUUGAUAUCGUACAUUCAAGCGAUAUUUGUGAGCCCACUCAACUACCACUACCCUCUUCGAAUGUUUCUAUUUUGAAAAGUGCUUUGUUUAAGAAACAAUCAGAUCAACUAGCUAUUAUCAAUGUAAACUCAAUGCAUUGGAUGGCUCCAAAGUAUGAACUUGAAAAUGAAGAAAAAUCAGACUACUUUAAAUUAGUUGACGUGACAGCUGUCUCCCUUCCUGAUUUCUCCAUAGAGGCUUUUGAAUUGCGUUAUGGUAGUCCUGUGGUUGGUUGUCAGUGGCAUCCGGAGGCAUAUGUUGCAAAUAAUAGGAGGGAAGAACAGGAAAAUUUACUGAAAUACAUGUCCCUGGCAGGAGAGACUUUUUUGCUCAAACAAGCUUGUCUCCAGCAGUUGUUAGAGCACUCAAAACAUCAACUUCACGUUUCUUUGUGA